AUGGCACCAGCAGAUACAUUGCCCUCCUGGAGCAAGCUUCAGGACCAUCACACCAGGGUCGGAAAAUCAUUCGUCCUCAAGGAUGAGUUCAAGAAGGACCCCACCCGAUUCGAGAAAUUCUCCUUCUCGUUCCCCAACACCGCAGAUGGAUCCGAGAUCCUCUUCGACUUCAGCAAGAACUUCCUCACGGAAGAGACCUUGAAGCUCCUCGUCCAGGUGGCUAAGGAGGCUAAGUUGGAGGAGUUGAGAGAUGCGAUGUUCAAGGGCGAGAAGAUCAACAAGACGGAAGGCAGAGCUGUUUUGCAUGCCGCGCUGAGAAAUGUCAGCAAUGAGGAAAUUAUGGUUGAUGGUGUUAAUGUUACGCCGGGUGUCAAUAAGGAGUUGAAGCAUAUGGAGGAGUUCAGUGAGGCAGUCAGAAGUGGUGAGUGGAAGGGAUACACUGGCAAGCCAUUGACUACUAUUAUCAAUAUUGGUAUUGGCGGAUCUGAUCUCGGACCAGUUAUGGUCACCGAGGCUCUCAAGUAUUAUGGCGACCGCAAGAUGACUCUCCAUUUCGUCUCAAACAUCGACGGUACACAUAUGGCUGAGGCUCUUCGCGACUCAGACCCAGAGACUACCCUCUUUUUGGUCGCUUCAAAGACUUUCACUACGGCUGAGACAACCACGAACGCCAACAGUGCUAAGGAAUGGUUCUUGGAGAAGACAGAAGGAAAGGGAGACAUUGCCAAGCACUUCGUUGCCCUUUCCACAAAUGAGAGCGAAGUUACCAAGUUCGGUAUCGACUCCAAGAACAUGUUCGGAUUCGAGAGCUGGGUUGGUGGACGAUACAGUGUUUGGUCCGCUAUUGGUCUCAGUGUGGCUAUCUACAUUGGAUUCAAGAACUUCCAUGAAUUCUUGUCCGGUGCUCAUGCUAUGGAUAAGCAUUUCCGAGAGACUCCUUUGGAAAAGAAUAUUCCAGUCAUUGCUGGUCUCCUCAGCGUUUGGUACUCUGACUUUUAUGGUGCUCAGACGCAUUUGGUCUCUCCAUUUGACCAAUACCUUCACCGCUUUCCGGCAUACCUUCAACAACUCUCCAUGGAGUCCAAUGGAAAAGCCGUAUCCCGCUCAACAAACGAAUUCAUUAAAUACACCACCGGCCCCAUCCUCUUUGGUGAACCAGCAACUAACGCUCAGCACUCUUUUUACCAACUCCUCCACCAAGGCACAAAGCUCAUUCCCACGGACUUCAUCCUUGCAGCCGAAUCCCACAACCCAAUUGAUAACAACAAGCACCAAAAGAUGCUAGCAUCUAACUUCUUCGCUCAAGCUGAAGCCUUAAUGGUUGGCAAGAACGAAGCCCAAUUAAAGGAAGAAAAUACCCCAACCGAGCUCCUAAAGCACAAGACUUUCUUAGGCAACAGACCCACGACAUCGAUCCUUGCUCAGAAGAUCACACCAGGCACCCUUGGUGCUCUGAUCGUCUACUACGAGCACCUGACCUUCACCGAGGGCGCCAUCUGGGAUAUCAACUCGUUUGAUCAGUGGGGUGUUGAGCUUGGAAAGGUGCUUGCGAAGAAGAUCCAGGCGGAAUUGGACACUGAGGGUGUUCCGGAGAGCCAUGACAGCAGUACUGGUGGCUUGAUCAAGGCUUUCAAGCAGAAGUCGGGGUUGCUGGGGAAGAUGUGA